AUGGCACCUUCAGGUCUCGCAAUCAUCAUUGGCGCUGGUCCAACAAGUGGACGCGGUAUCGCUCGUGUUCUCGCGCGUCAAGAUGGCGGUAACCUCGCCGUCGCCCUCUUGGCCCGCAACGCCGAUAACCUCAACAGUCUGCGCGACUCACUCCGCAAAGAAACCAACGGCGUUCUCCACUCUUUCCCUACAGACACUCAGCCAGAUAACCUACGAAAGGCGUUCAAAGACAUCGCUAGCCAUCACGACUUCAAGGAUCUCAAGCUCAAACUGGCAAUUUAUCACGUCAAGCAUGCUAGCAAGAAGCCUUUCCUCGAAGAAACGCCUGAGGAGUUCAACGAGAGCAUGCAGAUAUACACAACCGGUGCAGUAGUCUUUGCUCAAGAAGCUCUCAAGCUCAUGUACGAGCAAAACGGCGGGCAGACCCUCCUGGCCGAUACAAACGGUGCCAAGAAGGGCACUAUUGUCUUCACGGGUACACUGGGAGCUAUGCGUACAAACACUGGCUAUGCAGCUUAUGGAGCGACUCGUGCCUCUGCUAGGAUGGUCGCUCAGGCUAUUGCGAAGGAGCACAGCAAGUUUGGUGUCCAGUGCGUUCAUGCUAUUGCGAAUGGCAGAAUCACGGAUGAGGAUACUGAAGAGACGAGGACGGGAAAGCAUAUGAGGGCUGAGGACGUUGGGCAGACGUAUUUGUGGCUUUCGCAGCAGCCAAGUUCGCUCUGGGUCCAUGAGCUGGAUUUGAGGCCGGCGCAAGAGUCGUUUUAG